CAUUAUUCUUUGUUUGCUUGAAAAUCUCUGAAUUGCCUGUGUGCAUUGAUAAUCAAGUCUUGAGAUGGACGCUUGCGCAAGAUCUUGAACAUUUUCCUUUUGGGGCAUUCUCAUGUCUAUUUAGUCAACAUCGCAAUACCCUGGACUAUGCAUCGUCCAUUGAGUCUUCUCGGGAGAGUAUCUCGAGCAGGCUCAUUCCGGCCUGCAUCAGCGGGAUGGAUUAGAAUUAGAUGCUUCUCUUCAACGGUCUCAGUGGCCUCAGAUUCAACCUCCCAGGAUGAAUUGGCAAGAACCAGGAAUAUUGGCAUCAUUGCCCAUAUUGAUGCUGGGAAAACAACCACCACGGAACGCAUGCUUUAUUAUAGCGGCUUCACCCGCAGACUAGGAGAUGUCGAUGAAGGGUCUACUGUGACGGACUUUUUGCCCGCUGAGAGGGCAAGAGGUAUCACCAUCCAGUCAGCGGCCGUGACUUUCCAUUGGCCCCCUCUCCCCGAAGAACAGCAAGCAACUGCAAAAGGCUCAACUCUAUUGGAAGACACAAAAUCGACGAGUGCAUUACCUCGUUCUCUCACUUCACAUACUAUCAACCUAAUCGACACACCUGGACAUGCCGACUUUACAUUCGAAGUUCUACGAUCACUCCGGAUUCUCGAUGGUGCAGUAUGCAUUUUAGAUGGUGUGGCCGGAGUUGAAGCACAGACAGAAAAGGUUUGGCAUCAAGCAAGUGUAUACAGCAUUCCACGGAUCAUUUUUGUAAAUAAGCUGGACCGGGACGGCGCCGGUUUUGCCCGGACAGUUCGUCAGAUUGGCGCACGGCUGCAUGGUUGGCCCGCGGUAUGCCACAUCCCAUGGUGGCAAGGCCACGAUCAGAAAUUUGUCGGCAUUGGAGACGUUGUUGGCCUUCGCGGAUUGAAAUGGGAGGAAGGCGGUGACGGGAAAACACUCAAGCUGUCCACCUUACAAGACCUCGAGCAGACCGAGCCUGCUUUCGCGGAAGAAAUAAAGAAAGGUCGGGCUGCACUGGUGGAAUUGUUGAGCGAACACGACGAAGAGAUGGUUGAGAAAUUCCUCGAAUACGACGAAGAUCACUUAGCCAUUCCCGCAAUCGAGCUCACAGAGAGCCUCCGCAGAUGCAUCUGCAAUGAAAGCCCGCAGCAAAUUAUUCCCGUGUUUGCAGGUGCCAGUUUCCGGAAUAUCGGCGUGCAACCAUUGCUUGAUGCUGUUGUCGACUUGUUGCCCGAGCCACGAGAGCGGCCUGAUGCUGAAAUCAGCCUCGGGCACCGCAAGGGAGGGCUACAGCAGCUUAUCGACGGCAAAAUGGUCCUUGAGCAACUCCUGGAGAAGGAUGGCAAAAAGAACAAAAAGGCUGUCGGAGCUGCAAAGACUCGAGCAAUUGCGUCGGUUGAAAAGUUUGAGGCCUGUGCACUUGCAUUCAAGGUGGUCAAUGAUCCUCGCCGUGGUGUUCUAGUCUAUGUCAGGGUCUAUUCGGGCACUAUCCACCGGAAUGCUCCUCUUUACAAUACAAACCUACAUGUCGGAGAAAGGCCUCCUCGUCUCUUGCGCAUGUAUGCUAAUGAUGCCAUCGAAAUUCCCUCCAUCGAAGCUGGACAAAUUGGUGUCAUAGUUGGUCUUAAACAUGCUCGAACUGGAGAUACUCUAAUUUCUUAUGCUGGCGUCAACCCUAAGACCGGCCCACCAGCACCAUUUAACACUCUUCAACUCCGACCCAUCGAAGUCCCUCCACCAGUCUUCUUCGCCAGCGUCGAGCCACACAGUCUCAGCGAGGAGAAGAAUCUCGCAGACACCCUCGCUCUUCUUCUCCGAGAAGACCCCAGCCUUCACGUCUCUGUCGACGAGGAUUCCGGUCAGACCCAUCUCAGCGGAAUGGGUGAACUACACUUGGAAAUCGCUCGAGAUCGCCUCAUAGGCGACUACAAGGCCAAGGCAUCCAUGGGUCGCGUGGAGAUUGGAUACCGCGAAAGUAUCCUUAGUGAGACACACCCGGAAACAAUAUUUUUCGAUCGAGACAUAGCAGGCAAGAAGGCCAAAGCCGGCUGCACUGCCACCGUCGCACCUCUGGAAAGAGACUUGACUGAAGCGCCGCUCCCUGCGGAUGAGACGUCAGCGACACUUCUCCGAGAUGGCAAUCUUAUCACCCUCAACAUCGCUGGACUCGAUCCCGCAAGUUCAUUAUUGCCCGUCGAGGCUAUCAAGACAUCACUCAUUGAUGGCGCGCUCGCCGCGCUGUCUCGCGGUCCAGUACACUCUUUUCCCAUGCACAGUAUCCAUGUAUCUCUCGAACUUGAUGCCCUCGCGCACAUUUUCGGUCCUGACACCACGCCUGCUGCCUUAUCCUCCGCCGCGCGACAAGCUACUCAAGCUGCUAUUCGCGCAUCUCUCGAUGGAGCAGGCGCGGCUAUCAUGGAACCAGUCAUGAACGUCGUGAUCAAUGUCGACGAAGCGAGUCUUGGUGCUGUAGUCCACGAUAUUAGUUCGGCGCGUGGUGGACAGGUGCUGUCGCUCGAUACGGCGUCAUCGAGCGUAGCCAAUCCCAGCAGUGGCAGCGAAGCUAGUGAGGAGGAUGACCUCCCCGCUGUAGACGUUGCUCGUAUUUACACCCCGCCUGAUCCUUUCACAUCAGGAAGCGCCGGCGAAAGUUUACAAGAAGGAAUGACUUCCGGCGACCGCCAACGCAAUAUCACCGCUCGUGUCCCCCUUAAAGAAAUGGUUGGAUAUUUGAAGCAUCUCCGCAGUCUGACUGCGGGUAGAGGCACUUUUGUAAUGAGCGUAGACCGCUUCGAGCGCAUGUCUGGACCCAGAGAGAAAGCCGUACUGGCCGAGCUCAGUGGAUUUUAAGCCGCGGCUUUCACGUCCUUUUUGGAUUUUAGAAAUAGAACUGUAAUAUAUCCUCCAGGUAGUCUUUUAUUAAUUAUAUCUAGCGAAUGUAAGAUCUCCAGACC